UAAAAGCGUGAUGAAACGAUCUGUCUCACAUUUUUAUUUCUCUUUACUUCAAAUUGUUAUUCUUGUCUUCGUCUCUGUCUAUCUUCACCGUCUCAAAUCGCACAAUCGAGAUAGAGCACAAUACACUGUAAUGUAUGUACAGGAGUGAUUGCCAUCGAUCGAAAGUCUAGUAUGGCGCGUCCUAAACACAGAACGAGUACAGACCUGUGUGCUGACUGCGGGACACUUGAGCCAGGAUGGGCAUCAAUAAAUAGAGCUAUUUUAUUAUGUGAUGAUUGUUGUGGGAUUCAUCGUAGUUUAGGGCGUCAUGUGUCACAUAUCAAGUCGUUACACAAGAGCGUUUGGAAUGCAUAUCUAUUGAAUAUGGUGCAUACAUUGAGUGAUAACGGAGCCAACAGUAUUUGGGAACAUUCCUUGCUAGAUCCCAGCAAUUCCAAGAUUAAUAGACGAAAACCACAGCCCAAGGAUCCUUUACAUCCAGUAAAAGCAGAUUUUAUUAAGGCUAAACAUCAACACUUGGCUUUCAUAUUACGGCCAAGUAAGGAAGAAUGUUGUACUGAGGAGGAACUCGAUAGACAGUUACAUAGUAGCGUUCGUACAAGUAAUUUAGAAACUUCAUUAAGACUGUUGGCACAGGGAGCUAACCCCAAUUAUUUUUACAAGGAGAAAGGAACCACACCCUUACACGUGGCAGCUCGUGCCGGACAAGUUCUCCAAGUAGAACUUUUAGUAGUUAAUGGUGCAAAUCCAAGUGUAGUUGAUUUAAAUGGACAAACAGCUGCUGAUAUUGCCAAAAUGGCAGGGCAUAUGGAUUUAUCUGAACGUAUAAUUGAAUGUAUGUAUGAAGUAACAGAUAGAUUGACAUAUCAUAUAUGCUCUCGUAAGCCAAAUCAUCGAAGAGAUCAACAUCUCAUUAGCUCUGAUUUAUCUUCUUUUUUGAAUAAAAAUGAGUUAGUUCUGGAAGGAAGAAACAGAUUACAAACGUUACCAAAUCAUUUGCUAGAGGAGUUAGCUAUGGACAUUUACGAUGAGGUGGAUCGCCGGGAAACAGAAGCCAUUUGGUUUUCAACCGCAUCUUUCCCGGAGAAAUGUACUGUUCCAUUUCUGCCAGUUAAUCCACAAUUGUCAUCUACUAGAAAUCAAGGGAGACAAAAAUUAGCGAGAUUCACGCUGAAGGAAUUCACCACUCUUAUCGUAGAUUUACUGAUUGAAGCAGGUCGGAGACAUAUGCUUGCUAACAAUGCACUUCAAAAUCCCGCAGUAUCUAUGCUUCGUAAAGAGCAACUUGGUAAGCAUGGAUCGCAAGUGUCUGACGAUGAACCUUUGUAUGACAGUGUUGCGUCUGAUGACGAUUAUGCUGCUUUAACAUCUACAGAUAAUACUUCAUCUGACAUUUCAAACCAGCUGAAAACUAAUAAUGAAGAAACAUUUAUACCAAUCGCUAAAGGUCUUCCGUCCAUGGUAGAAGUUUUAAAAAAACAAUUGACCUUAUCCGAAUCAACCGUACGAGAUCUACGCGAGCAGGUACACACCCUGCAAACUGCUAUAGAGCAACUCAUUCAAGAGAACAACGAGUUAAAGCAUGUACUACAAAGCAAAGGUUCUAAUGAUGGAAACAUGAAUGGACAUGUUGGAGAACAGGAACCUGAAUUAGAGCCAGUACAUGAUAUCAAAACAUCUACUAUACGUGGAAAUCAACGACCAGCAUCUAUGUAUGAGACUAGAGAAGGUCUACGAAAACCAGCAUGGUCAACAACCAUUUGUCAAACAAAACGUGAUACUGAAGUAUUAUCACGGAAUAACACGCAAAGUUUGUGGGAAUGUGGUCUACCUAAUCUGCCACCCAGUGAAGAAGUAACUCGACGGACAGAACAAGUUACUAGGCGAAUUCAAGAGCUAUGGAUGGCUAUGCAAGAUCCAAGCCAACGAGAAGCCUUCGUUCCUUGCGCUGAGAGAAUACGUGUUGCUGUGGCCGAGUUAACAGCUAUAUUUCCUCAAAAUCCAAUUGAGGAGAAUAUCAGGUCUGCCUUACGCCAAUUAAAUGGCAAUACCGGAAGACUUCAAGCAGAAUGUUCCGGUCUUCAAAGAUGCACCAGUGAUGCCGAGCACAUGGAUCGUUGUUUACAACAAGUACGUUCAUGUGCUUACGAUAUUGCCAAAGCAACUAAGCUACUCGUCACGCAAUUUCAAAUGUAG